UGUAGAAGUGAAUAGAUUUUAAGACCAUUUAAAGGUGGAUUUCAUAUCAAAUGGUACAGUGGCACAUGUUUUUGACUUACAACAACAAUGAGGAGAUCUGCAGCCCCAAGUCAAUUUAAUCCAGCAAAACGUCCAAAGUUUACAGCACCAUUCAAAGAAGAAACAGCUACUUCAGUCACUCAAAAAAGCAUAAAUGUUCUGGAUAAGAUAGCAGACUGUGUCACUGGAGUGAAAGACGUAAGGUAUAACAAUGCUGCAGAAAACAGUGAUAUUCAAACAGCAAGAGUACCAGUAUCAAAUGUGGCUACUAAAACAUUUCGGACACCUCUUCAAGCAGUAACCACCACUGCAGAAAACAAAGAUAUUCAAACAGUAAAAUUACCAGUACCAGUGGCCAAAACAUUUCGGACACCUCUUCAAGCUGUUACCACACCACAGCUAAAGACCAAAAGUCUAAUUGAUUCUGAAGUGAAAGCAGGGCCAACUAGCGGAACUAGUGGAAAUGCUGAUGGUGACAGUUCAGUUGAGAGGAGGUACCUCAGUGUUAUGUGGUGUAAAAAUUCAAGCAAAAAGCACAAAAAAUGGGAAGGUGAUGCAAUAUUGAUAACAUCAGGAAGAAGUGUGUCCUUGCUUGACAUGGAAGGAAAAGAAAUUGGUAAAGGUACAGGUUACAAGUCGUCAGAUCUGUUGGCUUUAAAUGAUGACGAAACACUGUCUGUUGGAGGAAAGCUUAUACAGGUUAUGUCUAUAUUAACAGAAGAACAGUUUAAAUCAGGAAAGUGUUUCUCAGCAGCUGGAAGUACCAGUACAUCUUCAGAAAGUGCAGCUAGAAUGCCUGUUCCAGAAAAGAACACUGGCAAGAAGUUUGUCAACCCACUACAAGAUGGACAGGCUUGUCAUGUUGUUCAGACCACAUCCAUGCCAAUAAAACCAAGAUAUGACCCAAGUAUGCCUGGUGCACUAGUAAUGCCUAGACCUAGUCAAUCACAUCAGUGGACAAGUAACAAGAAAAAUCUACAAGUAAUAGAUGUAGUUGUUGAUCCAUACCUUAGUACACACUUACGUCCCCAUCAGAGAGAAGGAGUUACUUUUCUGUAUGAGUGUGUCAUGGGUUACAGAGACUAUGGUGGACAAGGGGCCAUAUUGGCAGAUGAUAUGGGCCUUGGUAAAACACUGCAGUGUAUAUCUCUGUUAUGGACACUAUACAAACAAGGUCCAUAUGGGGGAAAAGCUGUAGUAAAACAGGCGUUGAUCAUCACUCCUGGUAGCUUAGUAAAGAACUGGAAUCAGGAAUUUAAGAAAUGGUUAGGAACUGAGAGACUUUCAGUUUAUUGUGUCAGCUCAGAGAAAAGAGUAGAGGAUUUUGUAAAUACCUCCAUUUAUCCAGUUCUGAUUAUUUCUUAUGAGAUGUUUGUGAGGGUGUAUGAUAUUGUCAAACAAAUCAACUUUGACCUUGUCAUCUGUGAUGAAGGUCAUAGACUUAAAAACACAGCUAUAAAAACUACUUCACUGAUAAUGAGUCUCCCUGCCAGAAGGAGAGUAAUACUAUCAGGAACACCUAUACAGAAUGAUCUGCAAGAAUUCUUUUCCAUUGUGGAGUUCUGUAAUCCUGGGGUGCUCGGUUCAAGUGGGGCAUUUAGAAGAGUUUAUGAAGGACCAAUUGUGGCAUCUCGUCAGCCUGAGGCUUCUCCAGCUGAGAUAGAACUUGGCGAGGAGAGAGGGUCAGAACUGUCUCGUCUAACAAAGUUGUUUCUUCUCCGUAGAACCCAAGAAAUAAACAACAAAUACCUACCUCCUAAAUGUGAGAUAGUUGUAUUUUGCCGACCAACUCCAUUACAGCUCAGACUGUACAGUCAUCUACUCAGCAGUAGAAUGAUCAGAUCAUGUCUGAUGGGGAAAAUGGCUGGAGCUCCACAUCUCAUUUGUAUAGGAGCUCUGAAGAAAUUGUGCAACCAUCCUAGUCUACUAUUCCUUAAAGCUCAGGAAGCUGAUGAUUGUGUUGAUGACCUUAAACAGGAUUCAAUAUAUUCUGGAUUGUCAUCAUUAUACCCAGAUAAUUUCUUACCAGACAAUAAUGAUCCUGAACAUUGUAGUAAACUGAAAGUACUGAAUUCCUUGCUUAAUGAUCUGCAUCAACACUCGCCAAAGGAGAAAAUUGUUCUGGUUUCUAAUCAUACUAAGACACUGGAUAUCCUACAGAAUUUCUGUGAAGCUUGCAGUUUUGAAUACUGUCGGUUGGAUGGGCAGACUCCUACAGCCAAAAGACAAGACAUAGUUUCACAGUUUAAUAGUUCAUACUCUAAGCAUUUUGUAUUUCUUUUGAGUUCCAAGGCUGGUGGUGUUGGAUUAAAUUUGAUUGGAGCUUCUAGACUGGUUUUGUAUGACAUAGACUGGAACCCUGCCAAUGAUUUACAGGCCAUGGCUAGAGUGUGGAGAGAUGGACAAAAGAAAAAAGUUUAUAUCUACAGAUUAUUAUCAACUGGUACAAUAGAGGAGAAAAUAUAUCAAAGACAAAUUAGUAAACAGAGUUUGAGUGGUGCUGUUAUGGAUUCUAAAAGUAAAAAUGAUGUCCAAUUUUCCUUAGAUGAUCUAAAGGACUUGUUUACUUUAAAUGAAAGAACAGACUGUGAUACACAUGAAUUAUUGAGUUGUGAUUGUCAGGAGAACAGGGAACCAGUGAGAGAAGAGGAACCAGUAGUUAGAUCUUGUCAGCUUGGGGUUGGAGUUAAACAUACUAAGCAAACAAAAAAUCUUGGUAUGGAUGAGUUGAUGGAGUGGAAACAUGUGAAAAAUAGUUCAAGCUUUGAUCAGAAUUGGCAUCUUCCAGGAACUUCAGAAGAAAUAUCCUAUGUAUUCUGGCAUGAAUCUAAAUCAUAAUUUAUAUAUAUACUGAACAUUGACAUCCAUUCCAAAGUGCCAAAUAUUGACUUGUAAUUUUGUUUGGAUUGUAUGUAAAAACUUUCACCUGUAAAAAAUAACAAUAAAUGAAAUUA